GCUGUAGAAGAGAGCGUCUAUAAAAGAGGGAGGGCCUCGAGGUCACACUCUCACACAUCCGCAUAUAGGAAACUAGUACAGAAGCAAUCUGACGAGGGAGAUGGGAUCCGAGCAGGAGCAGCGCCGGCACAGGGUGGAGGCUCCGCCGCCGCAGCCGUUCAUAAGGUCGCUGGAGUACUCGAUGAAGGAGACCCUUUUCCCGGACGACCCCUUCCGACAGUUCAAGGACCAGAGCCCCACCAGGAAGCUGGUCCUGGCUCUCAAAUACUUCUUCCCCAUCCUCGAGUGGGCCCCCCUCUACAAUCUCACGCUCUUGAAAUCCGAUCUCAUCGCCGGUGUAACCAUCGCCAGCCUCGCCAUCCCUCAGGGCAUCAGCUACGCCAAAUUGGCCAACCUUCCCCCCAUCCUCGGCCUCUACUCGAGCUUCAUACCGCCGCUGGUGUACGCUGUGAUGGGGAGCUCUCGGGACUUGGCCGUGGGGACGGUGGCGGUGGCUUCGCUUCUUACGGCGGCGAUGUUGGGGAAAGAAGUCGACGCGGAGAAAGAGCCUAAGCUUUACCUCCACCUCGCUUUCACCGCCACCUUCUUCGCCGGCCUUCUCGAAGCUGCCCUCGGCCUUUUCAGGUUAGGGUUCAUAGUGGAUAUGCUGUCGCACGCAACGAUAGUGGGAUUCAUGGGCGGGGCUGCCACCGUGGUGAGUCUGCAGCAGCUCAAGGGCAUCUUUGGUCUCCGUCACUUCACCGACGCUACCGACGUUGUCUCCGUCAUGCGCUCCGUCUUCUCCCAGACUCGCCAGUGGAGAUGGGAGAGUGGCUUGCUGGGCUGUUGUUUCCUCUUCUUCCUUCUCAUCACCAAGUAUUUCAGCAAGAAGAGACCAAAGUUCUUCUGGGUGGCAGCAAUGGCGCCUUUGACCUCUGUGAUUCUCGGAAGCCUCUUGGUUUACCUCACCCAUGCCGAGAGACACGGUGUCCAAGUGAUAGGGAACUUGAAGAAGGGACUCAACCCACCGUCCCUCUCCGAUCUCGUCUUCACCUCUCCUUACAUGUCGACUGCUUUCAAGACCGGCAUGAUCACCGGAGUCAUCGCUCUCGCAGAAGGAAUAGCGGUCGGGAGAAGCUUUGCGAUGUUCAAGAAUUACAACAUAGACGGCAACAAAGAGAUGAUAGCCUUUGGAACGAUGAACAUCAUCGGCUCUCUCACCUCUUGCUACCUCACCACCGGGCCGUUUUCGAGGUCGGCUGUGAACUUCAACGCGGGGUGCAAGACGGCGGUGUCGAACAUAGUGAUGGCAAUAGCGGUAAUGUUCACUCUGCUCUUCUUGACGCCGCUGUUCCACUACACUCCUCUGGUAGUCCUCUCCUCCAUCAUAAUCUCCGCAAUGCUCGGCCUCAUCGACUACGAAGCCGCCUUCCAUCUCUGGAACGUCGACAAGUUCGACUUCCUCGUCUGCAUGGCCGCCUACCUCGGCGUUGUCUUCGGCAGCGUCGAGAUCGGUCUCGUCCUCGCUGUGGCCAUCUCUUUGUUGAGGCUGUUGCUAUUCGUGUCGAGGCCGAGGACGUUCGUGUUGGGAAACAUUCCAAACACGAUGAUUUAUAGGAACACGGAACAGUACCCUUACUCCACAAGUGUCCCUGGGCUUCUCAUUCUCCAGAUCGAUGCUCCCAUCUACUUCGCCAACUCCAGUUACUUGCGCGACAGAAUCGGACGUUGGAUCGAUGAGGAGGAGGAUAGGCUGAAAACCACCGGAGGAAACAGCUUGCAGUACAUUAUACUCGAUAUGACCGCUGUUGGUAACAUCGACACGAGCGGCAUAAGCAUGAUGGAAGAGGUUCAUAAAAUCAUCGACCGAAGAGGGCUCAAGUUGGCAUUGGCGAAUCCAAAAGGAGAGGUGAUGAAGAAGCUAACAAAAUCAAAAUUUGUGGACAAAAUGGGGGAGGAAUGGAUAUUCAUGACAGUGGGAGAGGCGGUGGAGGCAUGCGGGUUCAUGCUUCACACCUUCAAGGACCAUGAGCCAUGGAACAACGCCUAGACCUCCUCUCUCUCUUUAAUUUUGUUCAAAACAAUGAAAAACGUCUCCGAUUACACAUGUAUUGCCAAUAAUCUUUAAUGUGAGCCAAAUCUCUUUCUGUCCCCCAAAAAAAAGGGAGAGAGAAAGAGAUGGCAAUUAAUGUAAUCUUCCUUUCAUGAGAUGAUUAGGCAAAUAGAUAGGGUCUUUGGUCGUUGA